AUGAACGACAAGGAUGAAGAGCUGAAGAAAGUAAUAAUGGAUCUGGAGGAGGAGCGUAGUGAUUUAGAAGAUGCAAACUCCGAACUCUGCCAAAAACUAUGCGAAAGCAAUGAUGAGAUCCGAGAAGCACACAAAGAAUUGAUUAGUGGAUUAAGAGACUUAUCGGAUGAAAGUUCGACGAUCAGAGUGAAGAAUAUGGGACGAGUUGAUGAAAAACCUUUCCUGAAAGUAUGCGAGCAGAGAUUCAGUGGCCAAGACGUUGCGCUGCAACACGCCAGGCUUUGCUCUGAAUGGCAGAAAAUGGUCAUGGAUUCAAGAUGGGAACCAUUUAAAAUUCAGAGAUCUGGAGAUAAAAUUGAGGGCGUUGUGGAUGAGGAAGAUGAGAAACUUAAGAAUCUGAGUGAAGAGUGGGGAGAAGACGUGAAGAAGGCAGUCAAGACAGCACUCGAGGAACUGUACGAGUAUAAUGGAAGUGGCAGGUAUCCAGUUCCUGUACUGUGGAAUUUUCAACAUGGGAGAAAAGCGACAGUCAAGGAAGGGAUUAUUGCUCACAUGAAGCAUCAGAUCAAAAAUCUUAAACGCAAACGAACCUUUGAUUGA